AUGGGCAGUCCGCAAGCAUUCUCUUGUUGUCAGUCCAACCUCUUUAGCACCAACACAGAGGAUAUAUUAAUCAAUAAUUCCGGGCUGACAAAAAUGCCAACAAAUUCUCCUAGCUAUACGGCCACCUUACAUGCGGGUGUCAGCUAUCCUAUCAAAAUUAUCACCCAUUUUGCGUAUGGCUACGCCCUUGGGGGGCCUAACCUACCCAUUUUGACCUACACCGGCCCUGGGCGCGAUUCGCCGAGCUCCGAUUUCAGCGGCCUAGUUUAUUUUUAUGCUGAUGCUCCAGCAUGUCCGCAGGUGCCAUCAACAUCCUCUGGUGUCACAGUAACUACUCAAAGGUGGACAGAAAGUUUUACCUCAAUUUCGACCUCAACCACAUUGUUUACUGCUACCGACGGAUACGUAGUCAAUGUGGAAGACUACUACGUACUGGCACCAACAACUGCUACCCUGUCGGGCCCUACUAUGGCCACCGACGGGUGGACAGGUAAUGGGACUUUCAUUUCGACAUCUACCACUUUUAUUACUGGCAGUGAUGGCUACGCUACGGAGUCUGAAGAUUACUAUUUAUUCACGCCGACAAGCACUUCUACGGUUCUAUCAAGUGAACCACUUGCUUCAGAUUCUGGUAGAGUCUCUGCCGUCCCAGAAUCUUUUACUAGUGGCUCAGUUUCGAUCUCUGAUGCAGGUUCAAUCUCCACUUCAGCUCCCAAUGAUACCUCAAUAUCGACUUCUGGCUUCGCGUCUGCCUCAAAUUCAGCUUCGGCUUCAGCCAUGAACUCCACACUCGGUUCUUCGACUUCCGCCGCUAGUCUAGCUUCGAUCACACGCUCUACCUUGGGCCCCGAUUCAACUUCUACUUUUGGCACCAACUCUUCAGUUAGUGUUUUUAGUUCUGCCUCUGGCUUAUCAUCGACCUCUAGUGCGCCGUCUACUCCAGUGAGUUUCAUUAGUUCAGGUUCGGUCUCGAUUUUAUCAUCUUCUUCUGGUUUGUCUUCGGUCUCCCGUUCCGCUGCCGACACUGCAUCAAUCUCAGUUUUGACAUCAACUUUGAACACAAACUUUACAAUUGGGUCGCUAGCCCCUGGUUCUACCUCUGGUUCUACCUCUGGUUCUACCUCUGGUUCUACCUCUGGUUCUACCUCUGGUUCUACCUCUGGUUCUACCUCUGGUAUAUCUUCGAUACCCGAAUCAACCUCCAAAUCGGGCUCUUCUGUAAGCCUCCUCUCAAGGCCUGCCAUAAGUAGUGGGACUGGGUUCUAUGGAAAUUCCUCUUCACUGGCUGUUCCCACCCGCUCAGGCAAUUUAAUCACGCUGUCGGACGCUAGCAUCAAAGGAUCCACGAGAGGGCUGACAGUCUCUGCUUCUGCUUCUGCUUCGUCAAUUGCCGGUUCUCACUCUGACGCAUCGUCUCCGUCCCUACCCACCUCAACUCUUGACUCCACUUCCACUUCCAGCCUCUCUGCCACUAAGAGCUCUUCUAUAAGGUCCGCAACUUCUGGUGCUCCUGUGUCUGGUUCAGGAUCUGCUUUGAUCUUCACACCAGGCUCAGCAUUAAAGUCAAUCCCCUCCUCUGAUUCUGCAACUUUCUCUAAAUCAGGUUCAACCUCAGGUUCAAUCUCAAGCUCAGCCUCAUCUGGCAGCCUGAGGUUCGGCACCACCUCGGAACACUCUAGUACAGUGUCCUCAAGCACCGAUUCUGUUUCCAGUUCAAUAUCUAUCUCCAAUUCUGAUAUACCAGUUUCUGAAUUGACGGUUAGCUCCGUUUCUGGAGUGAAUCCGACAUCUCUCCUUUCACUCUCCAUUUCAAUUCCCGAUUCUUCAACGUUGGGCUCUUCAGCUGUCACUUCCCCGGGAUUCACAUUGAGCUCGUCUGUCUCAAGUUCAACGCUUACAUCCACGUCUGAAGCAGCUCCUGCUUCUACCUUAGAGACAGGUUCAAGCUCUUGCUCCAGCUCCACCUCCGGCACAAACACCGCUCCUGCUUCUACCGGUUCCAUCUCCCAAUUUCUUGGCUCCAGCACCUCGGGUUCUAGUAUCGAGCUGUCAGAGCUACCUCUGACAUCUAAGGCCUCUGGUAUUUCACCUCCUAGCUCCAUAAAUUCCACCUCACUGACAAGAUCAAAGCCCAUUCUCGAAUCCACGUCUGUGCGUGGAUCCAGCUCCAUUUCAAAAGCUGGUGUAGUUACGUCCGAAUUGCCAAGCUCCAGUUCGUUAAGCUUUGGCCCCUCAAGUGCCAUAUCCACCUCUGUUUCUGCCUCUGUUCCUGCCUCUGUUCCCUCUGAUGUUUCUGAAUUCUCGUUGACAUAUAAUGCGAAUAUGUCGUCAGUCUCUCGUACUUCUCAUGCUGAAGUGACUUCACUGAUAAGUCUUCAGACUCCUGUUUCGGUUUCUGGCGUUCCGAUGUCUGAACCCAGUAGCUUCAACUCUGUCAUGCUGUUUGCUUCCAGUUCUAGCUCUGGACAUUCAAGCCCUGACAUCUCCUCAUCUCGAUCGCCCAGCACAGAGGCAGGCCCUACUUCCGAAGCCACAACCUACAAUUCUACUUAUAUUUCUUCUUUGGCCUCAGAGUCGGCCUCCGUUACCACAUCGUCAGAGUCAAGGACCAACAGCUUCUCUAGCGCGGCAUCCAAUCCCACUGAAACUGCUUUUGGGGCCAACGGAUGCAACCCUUCUGGACCUCGUCAACCUGGCUUUAGAGUACAAUCCAUCAACUCGACACGUCUCUCGUUAUCAGGCUCUCGGAACUUAAUUGAGUUCAACCCCACGAACCGUAGUGAUGUGGAGGUAGUGUAUCUCACUGACCUCAGCAUCAGUGUUGCUGGAACGGUGCAAAUUGAAGGCUAUUUCAAACCAACAACAAGCGGGCCACACACUUUUUAUCUGGAGGGCACCAACUCCAUCCUAUUACUUGGUGACGGCAAGGCCUUCGAGUGUGGAAACUCUGAGGUAUUUAGCACUAGUAGCAACAGUAUCGAUGCUCAGACUUCCACCUUCUUCAAAAGGUCCCGUUUUUUUAGAAGAUCAAGUCCGGACUACACUGCACACCUGGAAGCAGGCAUCAGCUAUUCUAUUCGAGUCGUGACCUCCAGCCAGACGCCCGUUUCUAGAAUUUUAAGCUACGCUGGUCCUGGUGUAACGCAGACCACAGACUUCAGUGGAGUCGUGUUCUGGUAUGAUGAUGUGCAAUCAUCUAGCGAGGCCACAUCUGGUGUUGUCUCGACCAUUUCUAGUUCAAGUGGGCUCAACACACGUACUUUAGGCUUCUCUACUUCUGACAAUGGGACGAGCAUCGGGGAUCAUGGUCAACGCAGCACACAACUUUUGAGCUCUACCUUAAAAUUUUCCUUGUCAAGCGGAAUGCAAAGUGUCACCUCUACUUUAAGCUCACCAUCGGCGUCAAGUAUGUCUUCACAGACCUCUAAGAGCAUCUCUACUCUCCCACUGGCAACCAACGAAGUAUCUACUCUAUGUUCAACAAGUGGCCAACCAACGGAAUUUUUGAUGUCUGAUGCCACGGUGUCUAAGACGAUGGGGGUCCCUAAGCCAAGCAGUGCCCUCAAUAGUGGACAGAGUGCUGUCUCUAAUUACAACAUAGGCAAGACGUCCAAGGUUGUGAACUCCCCUUCCCAAAGUAGUGCGCGUUUGGACACUGCUACCGCCGCCAGCUUCUCCGAAGGUCAGUUACCAAGUGCAGGAACCAGCGAACUCGGCAGUAGCUCAGCUUAUUCUACGAAGAGUGUAGGAUCCGGGAUGUCCAGCUUCGAGGGUAAAGCCAACCGGAUCAAAGCAGGUCUACUGUUUGCGCUACCCUUGGCUCUAUUGUGA